GGCAUAACACACACCCCAUUAGGCUAAUAUCGCCCUCCUAUACGCUAUACGAACCGUACUGGACGACAUCUACGCACGCAGGCUGCUUGUAGUCAUCGUUAGCAAGCGUUACACUCGGCCUAGUGAACAUCCCGGCUUGCGACGCGCCGUCUGCCUAGAGAGCCCCAUAGUGCAGCGCAGCAAAAUGGGCGUCGGGCAAACAGUCUACCGUGAGGUGGUCCCGGGACUGAGCACCUUCUCCGUCCCAUUUUCUCGCUUUGGCAUUAUCCCCGUCGGCGGUCGAUCGACCGCGAUCAAGCUGCGUGGUGCAAACGGCAGUACUAGCACGAAUGGCGCCGGCUCUGGCACUGUCUGGCUCCUCGCCUCCUCUCCGCUCAAUGCACUGACGAGGGAGAAAAUCGACGCGAUGGGCAAAGUUGGUUGGAUCGUCGCACCAGAUAACGUGCAUAGCCUCUUCCUGAAACAGUACUCUGAAGCGUAUCCGGAGGCAAAGGUCAUCGGUGUUCUGGGCCUCGAAAAAAAGAACGCAGACGUGAAGUUUGCUGGAUUGUACGGCAGAGACAAGGAAUGCACGAAGUACGGCUUUGAAGAUGAGAUCGCUGCACGGUUCUUCGGCACAUUUCCAAAUCGUGAUGUCGCCUUCUUCCACAAAGACUCCAAAACGAUGAUCACGGCAGAUCUUCUGUUCAAUUUACCUGCGAGGGAACAGUUUUCCGGCCAUCCAAAAGGGCAGCCGUACUCCCCGAUCCCUUUCUUGGCCAGGUUUUCAUGUAGUUUCAACCCAUUCUCCUCCCUCCAUUCGUUUUUCAUCAAGAUUGCAUCGGCAGGUGCACCCAUCCCGGACGCCCUCGCUCCAGUAUCUGGUCUGAGCAAACAGGGAGGCAGCACGCUCGAGCGCAAAAAGGCAUUCGCCGCCGAUGCUGCUGCCGUCGCAGCAUGGGACUUUGAGCGGAUUGUGAUGUGCCACGGCGACGUGAUUGAGGACGACCCAAAGCUGGGCAAGAUGACGGCUAAGCAGGCGUGGCUGUCCGCUUUCAGUUCGGUGCUCAAUCCCGAUGGGAGCCCCAAAUUCUGAGCUCCACUGUGACCCGUACCAGCGCGGUAUACUGCAUGUAUAGAGAUAUGUGCAGCACUGAUACCAGUUCAUGCUCCUAUUCCCAGGACACGUUCACCCACUGUCCACGAUCUAUUCCUGCAUAUGCGUGUCAAUCCGCUUCUCGCAGUUGAAGUGCUUAUGCGAGCUCGUCCUCCCUGUGCAAACGCCUCCGUGCCCAGUUGUCUCUCUCAUAUUCCUCGCUCGCUUCUUCUCGACUGAGACGGGCCGGACCUGCGGGGUCAGCAGUCAUACACUCUACCUCCUCCUCCGCCAGAAUACGGUUCAUGACCCUCCAAAGCCACCAGCCCGUUCCAGCACCUACUGCAAUGCCCAGAGUGAUGGACAACGCGUCGAGUUCUUUGACGUGCGUCGGCAUUGCUGCGCGCUCCGCCUCGUCAAAUAGCUCGUACAUCACACUGCCGAUGUAAACAUGCA